AUCAGUUUUCGUUGACCAUUGGGAUGAAUGCUUUGUCGAAUACCGCUAUUCUUUCAACUUCAAAGACAUGCUCAGAACUUUCUGAUAUUUCUUUCAUUACAAUUAGCGAGUUUUCAAAGAUUGUUCGACAGUCGGAAAAGAAACAAUUAAGCAGAAACCAUGUUUGUUGCCGUAUUUGUCUACAAUCCAGUGAUUCUGAAGAGCUUUUAAGUCCCUGCUACUGUUCAGGAACUAUUGGUAUCAUACAUAAGCACUGUUUGGAGAGAUGGCUGAAUUUAUCAAGAUCCAGAACAUGUGAAAUUUGUGGAUAUAAGUUUAAAGUUCUGAGGCGCUAUCCGGUUUUCAGUGAGUGGUUAUGGUCUGGUGGGGAAGGAGAUGGAAUCCAUCGUCGCAAACAUUUAUGGACCGAUAUCAUUUGUCUGCUUUUAAUGUUACCUUUACUCACAUUGUGCACAUGGUUGACCAUUUCUUCCAGUCAAGAGGAAAUCGGCAUCAACAGAAGAGGUUUUCCAUGGCAAUCAUUCUCGCUUGGAUUAUUAUGCAGUCUACUGUUGUUAGUAUUCAUUAUUUGGUUAACGUUUUCUGUUCGAUAUCAUCAUCAAUCAUGGAGAAUUUGGCGGAUUGAUCAAAGUUGUAUUGUUUUAGCAGAAGAUAUAAAUAAGGCUAAAAUUCUGGAUGAAAAAUAUGAUAUAGAAUAUCAAAAUGUAGUUGUUCAGUCAGAUAUUCAAGAACAAAUAACGAUGCCUAGAUCAAAUGAAGCAGACCUAGAACAUGAUCAGAUGAAACAUCGUCAUAUAUGAAUGAAGCAGAUCAAAUAUUAAGAAUCUCAUUUCAUUACCUUAUUACUUUAGAAGUAUCAAAAUUGCUUUGGUCGCUUGCUUACUUGUGACCAUAGACAGUCAUCAUUUACCCUAAGGAAAGGUGUUUGUCAACGGUGCCAGGAAUUUCACAGAAAUUUGAAAAACAUGGUUGAAAUGAAAAUUAGCCUUUAUUUAUUAAAACAAGUCUAAUGUAUUGAUGGAAGUGUUUACUGAUGUGUAUAUCAUAUUUAAGUUACUGUAGUCAGUAAUUCAGUUCGCUGAAUGAUUGGUUGAUAGAAAAAUAUAAAAGUAGAUAUCACCAAGCUGUCAAGUAAUGCAAUACUUCAACACUCUGGUAAUGCAGAAAAUUAUUGUUUGCCGCAGUAUAGCCUUCAGUUAGAAGGUUUUGAUCAUGUAAAUGUGUGUGUAGAGGAUGAUGUGACUAAGACAAACAACAAAAUUGAAAUAAUAUCAACAGAAGAAGAAUUAAACAUUGAAUAUGAAGGUGAUCAACUAGUUAUUAGUGAAAUAGAACCAACACAACUUUUAAAUUCCUCAUCUGUAUCGAUUGUAUCACCUGUAAUUUUACAAAGUAGUAUGAUAAAUAAGGCAAUAAGUUGAGAUUAUUUUAUGUUUUUCUAUAAACAGUAAAAUCAUUUGACAACACCAUCAAUGCUUAAAGAUUUUUUGAAAUCAAAAAGUAAAACAUUUUAUGGUUAAAUACAUAUCCAAGAUGAAAAUAAUUUUAAACCCAUUUAAUGUAAUUAAAUUAUUAUAUAUCUUAUAUUUUGUUGAAAGCUUUCUCUGUGAAUAUUUCAUAAUUGACAUACUUUACUACAUUUAUAAGUGAAAAAUUGUUCAAUGCAUUAUCUGCUGUAACUGAACUGCUCUAUUUUACAUAACGCUUAAUACUAUGAGAUUGUGUGAAUAAUAAUAAUAAUGAAGGUGACAGUUGAAAGAGGUUAACAAGAGUGCUGAGAAUUUUCUGCACUAUUUUCAUGAAUAUAUAAACAAAGAUUGAAGAACUCACGGGGUUAUUCAAAUCGUUCUGGAAUGUGAUGUAAUUCCAAAAAAAG